CUGCCGGAAGCGCCGGCAGUGCACGCAGUUAAUGCAGUGGUUGGGCGAGUCGGUGGAUAAGAAAGAGAAGUUGGAUUUGUAUCUUUUCCCUGUGGGGGGUGAGGCUGAGAGAGUGGGGAAUAAUUGACUCCGGCGACGGCGAGUGGGCAGCCCGGCGAUCUCGCAGGGGUUCCGCCGACCAUGGAAUUCUUGCUGCAGCCAAUAAACAGAACUCUGCUUGAGGAGGUCAAUGAAAAUAACGGGACAAUGGAGCCCGUGCGGUUCCCAGUGGCCGCGCCGGCGGAGAUUCCUGCUCCAGCCCCGGCCGGUUCAAGUGCGGACGCCCAGAUCUAUCGGCCGGAAGCAUCCUGCGGGGAUAAGGCUCAGGGGUCCGAGCACUCAAUAGAGCAGUUGGACCCGAAGACACCAGGAUGGACGCAAAGGGUGCGUGUAGGUGCUGCUGCUCCAGGAAGGCCUCCUUGUGCGGACAGGAUCACGACGCUAGAGAAAACCGUGAGGGAGUUCGCGGAUCAUCCAAGAGACAUAGUUAUGGUGCCAAAGAUUGGAACAAGUUUCGACACCCUCGGAGAAGCAUACGACUUUUACAAUUUAUACUCAUGGGAGAAAGGGUUUGGUAUUCGCUACGGAAAGAGUAGGCUGAACGUGAACAGGAGCAAGUGUAUGCAAGAGAUCGUGUGUGGAUGCGCGGGGAAGCCAAUUGUUGAGAAUACUCGUUCGUGCCGGUGUGAAUGCCCAUCCCUCAUCAGACUACUGAGAACAAAGGACAAUGGAUGGUACAUAGCAGAGCAUCGAGAUGGACACAACCAUGCAUUGUCACAAACAUAUGGCCAGACAAUACACUGGCCGUCACACAAGCAUAUUGACGUUUACAGCAAGGAUUUAGUGAAGCAGUUGAGGCAGAACCAUGUCAAUUUGUCAAAAGUCUACAGCAUUAUUGGCAGCUUUUUUGGAAAGAUAGAGAAUGUGCCAUUUACCAAAAGAGCUCUGCGGAAUUUGUGUGGCAAGAUAAGCCGGGAGCAAAAGCAGAAGAUGAUGACCAACCUGUAUGACAUGCCAUUUGGGUUAUUUGUUGGAGUGAACAACCAUUUCCAGAGUAUCAUACUAGCUGGUGUGCUAGUUCGGCAUGGGACAGAGGAAACAUUUGAGUGGGUCUUCUCAGAGUUUGUUCGGAUAAUGGGGGGGAGGGCGCCACAAACAAUACUUACCGAUCAAAACAGGGCGAUGGAGGAUGCCAUAAGUAAUGUCAUGCCAAACACGGCUCACCGGUGGUGCAAGUGGCAUGUGCUAAAGAAGGCAAAAGAGUCGCUUGGCCCAUUGUACACAAAGAAGAGUGAUUUUCGACCAGAGUUUCACAAGGUUGUCAACCACAUGCUAACCAUAGAUGAGUUUGAGGAUGGCUGGAAGUACUUAAUAGAGAAAUACAACUUGAAAAGUCAUGACUACAUGACUAAUUUGUUUGAAAUACGGCACAAAUGGGCAAAGCCCUACUUCAAGGGGGUGUUCUGUGCAAAAAUGACUAGUACACAACGGAGUGAAAGUGCAAAUCACAUGCUAAAGAACUACGUGCCGCCUGGUUGCCCUAUACAUGUUUUUGUGAGGAAGUAUAUGAGUUUAAUUUUUGACCGUGAGUCAGAAGAAAAUUAUGAGGAAAAGCGGACAGCAAUUGGGAGGCCACUUAUGCGAGAAAAUAUGGCAACUGAGAGACACGCUGGGAAGAUUUACACAAGAGCUAUGUUCGAGCAGUUUGGCCAUAUACUGUAUGAGUGUGGUGCAUAUCAGGUAGAAGAAAAUGAAAAAGGGAAAGAGUAUAUUGCAAUACAUACAGAUGCUGCACGGCGGGAGAAGUGGUGCAGAACCUCAUACAAGGUGACGGUGAUUGAAGGUGGAGAUGAAUUUGAUUGCGAGUGCGGACAGUUUGCCCACAUGGGGCUGUUGUGCAGCCAUAUACUGAAGGCAAUGGACUUCAUUCGUGUGACAGAAAUCCCAAAGAAGCACAUUGUGAAAAGGUGGACACGAGAUGCGAGAGAUGUGCUUCCAGCCCACCUGAUGCAGUACCAGAGAGACAACGCUCAGGAAAAACCAUUUAGUUUCCGGCAUUUCAAUAUGUACAAGCAAGCCAUGGAGCUUGUACGCAUGGGAGACUCAAGUGUGGCAGCUUACGACCGCUUGACAUCACUAUUCAAUCACUGUGCAGCCGAGAUGAAGCCGUACACGGAUGUCCGAGAUGGCCUAGGUUUGGAGGACAGGUUAGUCGGCAAUGGUACUGUUCAUAAAAUGAUACAAUCAGGAGGCGACGUAUGCAAUCCGUUCGAAGCUACACAAGUCAACGACGGAAACGAUGACAACAACUCGUCUAAUGAGUCUGCAAAUAGGAUGGAGAACCUACUGGCACUUGCCAGACGGAAGCAAGUUGGGAGGCCGACAAUGAGUAGGGAGAAUGCGCCAUAUGAAGGUUUAAGUAAGAGAACUAGGUUCUGCGGGAUAUGUAGGCAGCAGGGACACAAGCGGACAACCUGUCCCGAACGAGGAGAUGUACCAAAGCAGCCACGUAAACCAGCAAGAUGCAAGAAUUGUGGAGUUGAAGGACACCGGAGGAACAAUUGCCAUAAGGCCGCGCAACUAAGGCUGGUUUAAUGCUCGAAAGAGCUAUAUGGUGUCCAACUUAAUAAGAUAAAUUUCAAUUUCAUCCUACUGACGUAUUUUUGAUUUCUGAGGACUAGACGUAAACCAGGUUACCAUGUAUGUUUAGCUGUUAUCUGUUAAACCAGUUUCAUCCUAUUGAAAUGUUUUCUCUGAAUUUUCUGAAUAUGUACUGCUCAUGUUGACCAUGUAUACGGUUGUUAAAUUUCAGAGUUAAUACCAC